AUGUCUAGUGCUGAAGUCGCCGAUAAUUCCGUUGACCCCCCGGCGAAAAAGCGGAAACUGAACACAGGAGAAUCACGUUCCAACAACUCGGCAAUGGCGAACAAUGGGACGCGUGUGGAGGAUGAGAUUGACGAGAGUCUGUACUCGCGACAGCUCUACGUUCUGGGACAUGAUGCUAUGCGGAGGAUGGCCAGUUCCGAUGUUCUUAUUUCGGGACUUGGGGGUCUCGGUGUUGAGGUAGCGAAAAACGUGAUCCUUGGCGGAGUUAAGUCGGUGACUCUUCACGAUGAGCGGACUUGCUCGAUUACUGAUCUGUCGUCACAAUUUUACCUCAGCGAAAAUUCCAUUGGCCAAAACAGGGCUGUCGCUUCCUGUGAGCAGUUGUCCGAGUUGAACCAUUAUGUGCCUACAACAGCGUAUACAGGUCCUCUGACAGAGGAAUUUUUACGCAAGUUCCGUGUCGUCGUUCUUACUGGUGCUUCAUGGGCCGAGCAGGAGCGUGUGUCUGCUAUAACUCAUGCUAAUAACAUAGCCCUAAUUAUUGCGGACACUCGGGGAUUGUUCUCUCGAGUGUUCUGUGAUUUUGGACCUGAGUUUACAGUGGUUGAUGUGACGGGCGAGAACCCAGUGUCAGCCAUGAUUGCUGAUAUCACACAUGAGUAUGAAGCCAUUGUCACUUGUUUAGAUGAUACCCGUCACGGAUUAGAAGAUGGAGACUAUGUAACUUUCAGUGAGGUCCAGGGAAUGACAGAACUAAAUGGAUGCGAGCCACGUAAAAUUAAAGUACUAGGUCCAUACACCUUCAGUAUUGGUGACACAACUACUUUCGCCAAGUACAUUCGUGGCGGGAUUGUCACACAGGUCAAGAUGCCACAGAAAUUGCAGUUCAAAUCGCUAAAGGAAUCCUUUGCACAACCUGAAUUCGUGAUUUCCGAUUUUGGAAAGUUUGACUACCCUCAACAAUUACACAUUGCCUUUUCUGCCCUCUACAAGUUUGAGGCAGCUGAAGGUCGUUUACCCAAGCCUUGGUGUGAAGCUGAUGCUGCAAAGUUUAUGGAUUAUGUCAAGUCCAUUGAUACAUUCAAGAAUGGUGAUUUGGAAGCCAAUAAUGAACUUUUGGAUACAUUCUGUAAGGUCUCAUCUGGUGAUUUGAAUCCAAUGAACGCGGCUAUCGGAGGUGUAGUGGCGCAAGAAGUCAUGAAGGCUUGUUCUGGAAAGUUCCACCCUAUUGUGCAGUGGUUAUACCUCGAUGCUAUCGAGUGUUUGCCCAAGGAUCGCUCAGCUCUAACUGAAGAGAACUGUAAGCCUACUGGUUCAAGAUACGAUGGACAAGUGGCUGUAUUCGGCAAGCAGUUCCAGAAGAGGCUUGGUGAAUUGAAGUAUUUCAUUGUUGGUGCUGGUGCUAUCGGGUGUGAGCUUCUCAAGAACUUCGCCAUGAUAGGAGUAGGUGCUGACGGUGGCCAGAUCACAGUCACCGAUAUGGAUCUCAUCGAGAAGUCUAACCUGAAUCGGCAGUUCCUUUUCAGACCUUACGACGUACAGAAACCAAAGUCCAGCACUGCUGCUAGGGUCAUUAAGCGUAUGAAUCCUGCAGUGAAUGUGUUGGCGCAGGAGAACAGGGUAUGUCCAGAGACAGAGUCAGUGUAUGAUGAUGCAUUCUUCGAGGCUCUGGACGGCGUUGCCAACGCUCUGGACAACGUAGACGCACGUAUCUACAUGGACAGGAGAUGUGUGUAUUACAGGAAGCCGCUGCUGGAAAGUGGAACUCUUGGGACCAAGGGAAAUACACAGGUUGUGGUGCCCUUCCUCACAGAAUCCUAUAGCUCCUCUCAAGAUCCUCCAGAGAAGAGCAUUCCUAUCUGCACCCUGAAGAACUUCCCCAAUGCUAUUGAGCAUACACUACAAUGGGCCAGGGAUGAGUUCGAGGGUUUGUUCCGACAAGCCGCAGAACACGCUUCUCAGUAUCUGAGGGACCCUCAGUUCUUAGAUAGGACCUUAAAACUGCCUGGAAGCCAACCACUCGACGCCAUUGAAAGUGUCAGGAACGCAAUAAACGAACGACCGCUAAACAUCGAGGACUGUGUGACUUGGGCACGCCUGCACUGGGAGGCGCAGUACUCCAAUCAAAUCAAACAACUGCUAUACAACUUCCCCCCUGACCAACAGACCACCAGUGGUGCUCCAUUCUGGUCGGGGCCGAAGCGUUGUCCAUCUCCACUGGAAUUCGACCCGACUGAUGACUUGCACGUGGACUAUGUAAUGGCUGCCGCUAACCUGAGAGCGACUGUGUACGGCCUGCCACCUUGCCUAGAUAGGGAGAAGAUUGCGAGUGUUGCCGCUAGUGUUACGGUACCAGAAUUCAGCCCAAAAUCUGGCGUAAAGAUCGCCGUAACAGAUGCACAGUUGCAACAGAAUAGUGAUGAUAUGGACCACGAUAAAGUCAAGAACAUGAUAGCAGAACUACCACCGCCUACCAAACUUGGCAACCUUACGAUAACGCCUCUUGAUUUUGAGAAGGACGACGACACCAAUUUCCACAUGGACUUUAUCGUAGCAGCUUCCAAUCUCCGUGCCGCAAAUUACAAAAUUGCUCCAGCAGACAGGCAUCGUUCUAAACUGAUCGCCGGCAAAAUCAUACCCGCCAUCGCCACAACAACAUCAGUGGUCGCCGGGUUAGUGUGCCUCGAACUCUACAAGCUCGCUCAGGGCUUCAACACCUUGGAAGUCUUCAAGAACGGGUUCGUAAAUCUUGCCUUACCGUUCUUCGGCUUCUCCGAACCUAUAGCGGCCCCAACCAACACAUACUACGACAACAAAUGGACUCUCUGGGACCGCUUCGAAGUGAAAGGCGAAAUUACUCUCCAACAGUUCCUAGAUUAUUUCAAGAACGAGCACAAACUAGAAAUCACGAUGCUGUCACAAGGCGUGUGCAUGCUGUACGCGUUCUUUAUGCGGAAGGCCAAGUGCCAGGAGCGGCUGAACCUGCCCAUGUCGGAGGUGGUGAUGAAGGUGUCGAAGAAGAAGCUGGAGCCGCACGUGAAGGCGCUGGUGUUCGAGCUGUGCUGCAACGACGAAGACGGCAACGACGUGGAGGUGCCGUACGUGAAGUACACGCUGGCCUAG